AUGGCUUUGGUCAUGCUGGUCGCUGCCCUUGGCCUUGUCGCCGUGGCUGCAUUAAUCAAAACUGUCUUUUUCCCGCCCAAGCCCAAGCUCCCCCAGGGCCUCAAGUCUCUUCCCGGCCCCAAAGGCUAUCCCGUCCUUGGUUCCGUGCCCGACGUCCCCGAGCAGAACAGUUACAUCAAGUUCUACGAGUGGUCCAAGCAGUAUGGCCCGCUUUACCAGGUUAACCUUGCUGGGAGCAAUCAUGUCUGGAUUUCGUCCGACCAGAUAGCACGCGAUCUUCUGUCCAAGAAGGCCGCCAUCUACUCCGACCGCCCUCAUAUUCCUGCCCUUCUUCACGACAACCGCACCAGUGCCGAAUACCUGCCUUUGAUGAGCAAGAACCCCCACUGGUCCCGCCAGCGCAAAGUCGCGACACACAUAAUGCGCGAAGCGAAGCAGAACACUUUCUACCACUACCCCGAACUCGAGUCGAUCCGUCUGCUGAAGGAGCUCGUCGAGGAGCCACACAACUACAAUCAUGCCCUCGAGUCCUUCAUUUCCCGCGUUACGUGCAGGCUGGCAUGGGGCCACGCCGAGGCCAGCGACGAGCUCAAACAGCGCGCACGCGAGCUGCUGAUCUCCGUCUCGCCCACCGGCCAUCUCGCAAACAAGCUUCCCUUCCUCAUGAACCUGCCCGACUGGAUUUCCCCAGUCAAGGCAUGGGAGCGCAAGAGACAGCGGACGGAGCGCAGGUGGUUCGAGAUCAUGCAGAACCAGGUGAAGCAAGACAUGGACGAGAAGAGAGCUGCGCCCAGCUGGAUGAAGAUCCUCCUUGGAACUUGGAACAAGUGGGAGUUCUCGUACGACCUCGAGGGUGCUUUCUGCGUGGGCAUGCACGGCAUCGCCGGAGCCCUCACCAUCGCCGCCCCCAUGCAGACCUUCUGCCUUGCCAUGUGCCACUAUCCUCAGUACCUGCCAAUCCUGCACGAGGAGCUGGAUCGCGUCUGUGGCGAGCGUCUCCCCCGGGCCGAGGACCGUCCCAACCUACCCGUUCUCCGUGCUUUCAUCCGCGAGGUUAUGCGCUGGCGUCCUCCGGUCCCGACCGGCAUCCCGCACUACCUGAUUCAAGAUGACGAGUACAACGGCUACCACAUUCCUGCUGGCAGCGUUAUGCACCCUCUCGAGUGGGGAAUCGCCCGCGACCCUGAACUCUUUCCGGACCCGGACACCUUCAACCCGAUGCGCUGGCUGGACCCCCAGUCGCCCGCCUAUAAGGAGCCGCUGACUGAACACCCGAGCAUCAUCAACAUCAGCCAGUUCGGCUAUGGGCGGCGGCUAUGCCAAGGGCAACAAGUCGCCGACGAGGAUUUGUUGAUUGGCCUCGGCGCGCUGGCCUGGCUGUUCGACAUCAAGAAGAAAGCCCCAACUCCCGAAAACGCACCGUCCUCACCCGUCGGCAGCGCGUAUCUCAACGAGGGGGCCAGCAUCUCGAACGAGGAGCUAAGCACCGACGAUGAGCAAGAGCGCAAGGAUAGCGUCAUUGGCACGCCCUUGUUCGAGGAGAAGCCCGUCAUCGCGACCGCGACCGAAUACGCCGCCGCAGCCGCCACACUCAAGAACCGCCGAAACCUCACCAGGCCAACGGAGAUCAAGGCACCUGGCGCAUGGCCGAUCGAAAACGCUGACAUGGAGGCGCACGAGACAUGGGAGCAGGAGCAGAAAACUGCUGUUGCUGCUGCGGCGGCGGUGAAGGCUGGUAAGGAGGCGGCCAAGAAGAUUGACCCCACGCUCGACUAUACCCAUCUGCUCAUUGCAAAGCCGAAGCCAUUCGAAUUCGAUCUAAAGGUGCGCAAGGGCAUGGACAGGCGUAAAGAGCUGGUUGAUCAACUGUUCAGGCAGAAGCAGGAGGAGGGUGAGUUCCCGGCCGGCAAGGAGUACUGGAAGAGCGAGGCCAAGGAGUACGGGUGGGUGGGUGUGGCGAACAGCAACGGCCUGAGAUAG